AUGAAGUCACACAAAACAUCCAUCAUCAUCGUCGGAACUGGCGUUGGUGGGCUCGCCGCAGCAAAGACAUACUUGGAACUAGAUCCUGAAGCCGAUAUCUUGCUUCUUGAAAAGAGAUCUGGGUUGGGUGGAGUCUGGGCUGAAGAAAACUGUUACGAUGGCCUCAAGACGAACAACCUACGAGGUACCUACGAGUUCACCGACUUCCCUCUUCAUGACGGCUAUGGCGUAAAGGAAGGGGAGCAUAUCCCAGGCCUUGUUCUCUACAGGUACAUGACCGACUUUGCAGUCAGAUUCGACAUCUUUCGUCGUAUUCGCUUCAACGUCAACAUUCGCACAAUCGAAAAGCUAGAUAAAGGCGGCUGGGAGCUUGUCGGCGAGGAUGUAGCAGCCGGCAAGAAGCCCGUCCCCGUUUCAUAUCGCUGCGAAAAACUUAUCAUGUGCACUGGCCUUGCUUCAACCCCGAAUCCAGUGUCGUAUCCAGGUCGCGAGUCUUUCGGCAAGCCAGUCCUCAACCACGGUCAGCUCAAGGUUGAGGCGCACGAAGUAGCCUCAGAUCCUAACGUCAAGUCUGUCACCAUCGUUGGAGCGUCAAAGACGGGUUAUGAUGCUGUGCAACUCAUGGCUUCUCGUGGCAAGAAAGUGACUUGGGUCAUUCGCGAGUCUGGUGGCGGUGGUGUUUGGAUGUCUCCGCCCUGGGUCAAGAUGGGUCCUUUCACCUUGCAGCUGGAGCAUGUCGCCACUAUGAGAUUCUUCACGUGGUUUAGUCCCUGUGUCUGGGGGGAGUACGAUGGGUACUCGUGGGUUCGUCGCUUCUUGCACGGGACGUGGCUCGGGCGGACAAUGGUGCAUCGUCUUUGGGAGAAGAUCCGGAUGGACACUGUCAACUUCAACGGGUACAGGAAGAAUGAAGUUAUUGCUCAGCUAGAGCCCUAUGAGAGUUUGUUCUGGUCUGCUCGAGUCGGCGUCCUCAAUUAUCCGGGCAAUAUCCACGAUUAUGUAACCUCGGGACAGGUCCAAAUCAUCAAGAAAGAUAUCUCGCAUCUGUCAAAAAACGGAACGAUCAAUUUUGCCGACGGUACAAGCUACCAGACAGACGCUCUCAUAGCCAUCACCGGAUGGAAGCUUUCACCAAACAUCCAGUACAAACCUGACGGAAUCGAAGCGAGCCUCGGCAUUCCUACUGAGAACAUGAGCAGUGAGGAGCAGGCUUUCUGGGGCCAUCUUGACAAAGAAGCGGUGCAUGAAAUCCUUCAGAAGUUUCCAUACCUCUCCCGCCCGCCUAAGAAUGUCAUACCCUAUAAGCAAAAGGUUUCACCAUAUCGCCUAUACCGCGGCAUGGCACCACCCGGUCUGACAUCGCGAUCCGACAAUUCCAUUGUCUUCAUCAAAAUGGUCCACAGCACCGCCAACAUCAUCAUUGCUGAAACGCAAGCUCUCUGGGCAUAUGCCUACCUCAACAAUAUGAUCGACAUUCCCAAGGAAAGAGUGUACAAGGAGACCGCGCUGUCAAGCUGUUACGGUAGACUGCGCUACCCUUGUGGAUUCUCAGCGUGGUAUCCUGAGUUUGUGUACGAUACUGUACCGUAUGCAGAUAUGUUGCUUCAGGAUCUUGGUGUUUGCAGUCGCAGAAAGCAGAGUGCAACAAAGGAGAUAUUCUCGGGAUAUACGAUUCAGGAUUAUAAGGGCAUCAAUAGAGAGUGGGUGGAGAAAAGGCGCUGUGACGAAGGGAAGAAGGUGAUUUAG